AUUUAAUCAAGAACGGUGAUAAAAACAUAACAUACAAAAUGGCGUGGGGAUAUUGGAGUGCAACAUCGGUUGAUCGUGGGCGUUCACCACGUCGUAAUACACAAUGCACACCCUUACCUGUAAAUUUAGUGCAACAAGAUGAUGAGCCCUGCGUUGCGACAACACAAGCAAGCACAUGUCCCAACACUCCAUCAGCACCACAAUCGGCACUUUGUUAUAGUCCUUCUUGUCGUAGCCGUUGCAGCAGUCCAUGUCCAGGCAGCACAUGUCCGGGUAGCCCGUGUGGUUCGAUAACACCACCACAGCCUCCACAACCACUUACCGCAUCACAACAACACUUGCAUUCAAACAAAAAUUGUCCUGCUGCACAGCAGAUUAUUGCACUCGAAGAGUAUGCAUCUCGUCGGCAAUCGUUGGAUCGUUUGGACAGUCCACAGGCGAAUCAAUUGUCGGACAUUUUGUGUCGUGGCGCAGUUGUCUCAUCCAUACAAUCAGCGAACAAUACACUCACACGUGGCGUUUCAUUGCACAGUCGAAGCGGUAGUGCACAUGGUAGUAUACACGGUGGUAGUCAUCAUGGCAGUGGUCAUGGUGGUCAUGGUAGUGCCCAUGGUUCAAUGGGUUGUUUACAAGGCAGCACUGGCCAUUUAAUAAGUGGCCAAAAUGCUAGUGGUAGUGUUGGUAUGCUUCCAGGUGCAAUUAAUACAGGCGAUUACGAUGUACCACAUCCACAUCCAUAUACGCAUCACUACAUGCAAAUAAAUGCAUCCACAACGCCGCCACAUUCUACAAUAAGUUUAAUUGGCUCAAGACCUGGUUCUGCCGGUGCUUGCCCAGGUCAUGAUUCGGGUUCCGAUUCGAGUCAGGGAUGCGGUUCUAUAAUGGGUGGCGUUACUGGUAAUAGUCACGUUAGUCAUAUAGCAGCGCAUUUGGCUGGUGUAGGUGGUCAUCAUAGUGGUGGCAGCGGUUCUUUGGGACGAUGUUCAAGCCGAUGUCAUAAUACUGCUACUACCACUACUACUACAGACGAUUCGGGUGGCGGUAGCGGUGGCAGUGUUUUUGGUGGCGGCUGUGGCGGCGGAAUGGAAACUCAUCAUCGUACCAUGAGUCAUCAUGGUAGCGCGGGUAGUGGUCUUAAUGGUUGUGGCAGUGGUGGCCGUAACAGUUCAUUGGGUACUAUACAUAAUGGACAUCAUCAUCAAUAUCAUCAUGAGUGUAUACAUUAUGAACGUUUACCAAUACCGGUUCCUAUUCCAACUGUGCCAACACAACAAAUGCAUUCCGAAGAGGAAAUCGAACCAGCGUAUGCUACAGUAUUUCCAAAUGUUCCUGCAGCACCUGGAAUGUCAUGUGAUGGAGAAGAUCGCAGUAUUUAUAGGCGAGGAGCACGUCGAUGGCGUAAGCUAUAUCGCGUCAAUGGGCAUAUAUUUCAAGCUAAACGAUUCAAUAGACGUGCCUUUUGCGCAUAUUGUCAAGAUCGUAUAUGGGGAUUGGGGCGUCAAGGUUUCAAAUGCAUUCAAUGCAAGUUGUUGGUGCAUAAAAAAUGUCACAAACUUGUACAAAAACAUUGUACUAACGAGCAUGUAGAGCCGUUGGUUAAGGAGCGAGAUGAUGCAUUUGCUGAACAACUUCCAGAAGUUUUGCCUCCAUUACCUGAUUAUACGCAUUCGCGUGAAUCGUGUGAUCCUUUGGCUGUACUUGAAAAUGCACAAAUGCAUGAAGCAUCACAACACCAUGAUAAACAGCAACAUCAAAAUGUCGAAGAACAACUUGAGCCGGGUGUACAGCGAAUAUACUCUCUGAAUGAUUUUGACUUAAUACGUGUAAUUGGUCGCGGUAGUUAUGCUAAAGUUUUAAUGGUUGAACUAAAGAGAACCCGACGCAUUUAUGCAAUGAAAGUAAUUAAGAAAUCUUUAGUUACUGAUGAUGAAGAUAUCGAUUGGGUUCAAACGGAGAAACAUGUUUUCGAAACAGCUUCAAAUCAUCCAUUUCUUGUUGGUUUGCAUUCUUGUUUCCAAACACCUUCACGUUUGUUCUUUGUUAUUGAGUUUGUGCGUGGCGGUGAUCUUAUGUUCCAUAUGCAAAGACAACGUCGUCUACCAGAAGAGCACGCACGCUUUUAUGCUGCUGAAAUUAGUUUAGCAUUAAACUUUUUGCAUGAGAAAGGAAUUAUUUAUCGUGAUUUAAAAUUGGAUAAUGUAUUGCUCGAUCACGAGGGUCAUAUUAAAUUGACCGAUUAUGGUAUGUGUAAGGAGGGUAUACGUCCAGGUGAUACAACUUCAACUUUCUGCGGUACACCAAAUUAUAUUGCACCGGAGAUUUUACGAGGUGAAGAUUAUGGUUUCUCAGUUGAUUGGUGGGCUUUGGGUGUUUUAUUAUAUGAAAUGUUAGCUGGACGCAGUCCGUUUGAUAUAGCUGGUGCAUCCGAAAAUCCAGAUCAAAAUACAGAGGAUUAUCUUUUCCAAGUAAUUCUUGAAAAAACUAUACGUAUACCACGUUCGUUGAGUGUUAAAGCAGCUUCGGUGCUUAAAGGUUUCCUUAAUAAAAAUCCAGCUGAUCGUUUAGGUUGUCAUUGCGAUUCAGCAUUUUUGGAUAUUGUAAAUCAUCCAUUCUUUAAAAGUAUUGACUGGGAAAUGAUUGCACAAAAGGAAGUUCAACCGCCUUAUAUACCAACUUUUGAUCCUGGCGAUCCAUUUAUGACCACAAAUUUUGACGCUCAAUUUACCAGAGAACCGGCUGAAUUGACGCCAGAUGAUCCUCAUGUUAUUGAUAAUAUUGAUCAAUCGGAGUUCGAAGGAUUCGAAUAUGUGAACCCGUUACUUAUGUCUUUGGAAGACUGUGUCUGACACCACGAGUCCUGUGACUUACAUCCCUAUAAUAUGCGGUUAUAUGGGGAGGAUUCCAGUGACUAUGAUUCCGUUGCUGAUGACUUAAGUAUUUUACAUUUGCAUUCGGCUCCAACAGCGACUUCAGCAACAAUAACCAACAAUAAUCUUACAAAUAUUAAUAAUCAUAAUAAUUCACAUCAUAAUGGUAAUAAUAAUCAUAAUAAUCAAAAUAAUUCAAAUAAUAAUAAAAGUCUACUUCAGCACAUGUUUUGCCUUCCAUUAAAUUAAUUAAAACAAAAUAAUUACUCAAACGCCAAAACAAAGGAGAUGAGUUUUUGUUAAAAUAUUUUCAAAAAAAAAAAAUACAUUUUUAAUUUAAGUAAGGUGCACUUUCUUAUAACAAUAUAUACUAUAAAAAAAACAAAAAAAAAACAAAUUUUCCAUGCAAAGCAAUAACUGCUACGUCAAUAUGAUGUUAAUAUUUUACAAAAGUAUUUGCGGUCACAAAAAAAAACUUUUAUUGUAAUAAUA